UCAACGCCUACCCAAUGAUGAGGUGGCGUUGAUGAACUCCACCAUCUGACCCAUUCGAGCUUCACAGCAAUACUGACGACCUCAGAAUUAUCGAGACUUCAAGUCCGAGUCGGUCGUAAAUCGCAGAUCGGAGAUCGGAGACAGAAGCAGCAGUCAGCUGAUCACAGAGCGGCUCGCCGGAGCGAGGUUCGAAAGCAGCAUGUUGCCGCUCACUCUCCUCAACGCCGCAAAGGGCAAACCGAUGCUGGUAGAGCUCAAAAACGGAGAGACUUUCAAUGGAACGUUGGACCUAUGCGAUAACUUCAUGAAUUUGGUGUUGAGGGAUGUGUACUUGACUUCUCCGACUGGCGAGCAAUUCUGGAAGAUGAAUGAAUGCUAUAUUCGUGGCAGUACUAUCAAAUAUUGUCGCGUAGCAGACGCAUUGGUAGACAGUGUUCGUGAGCAAGAAGAGGCAGCACGCAGAGCGCGACAGGCAGCCAGUGGAGCUGGAGGAGGCAGAGGGGGAGGGAACAACGGGCCUCUUUCCGGAGGUGUUGGAUUGGGAAGUAGAGGUGGAGCGGGCGGAGGACGAGGAAGAGGCGGAGACCGAGGACGAGGAGCAAGAGGUGGACCGGAUAGGGGACGAGGCGGAAGAGGAAGGGGAGUGGCUUAGGCUGAGAAUUGAAAGCAAUCUCAGGGUACUCUUCGACAGCGAUCGACCUGGUUUUGGGUCCUCUCCGCUCAUCAACUGUCACGCACGGCUCAAGACUCUCACGCAAUCGAAUUCAAGAGGGCCACACGGUCGUAUUUUUGGCUUGCUG